AUGGUGUUCCUGGAACCAAACGACUUCAUGGACGAUAUGGAAUGGAAACCUCCAUCAGCCAGUUAUUUUAUCAGUUUCUGUUGCCAUUUGCGAUAUCAAACUGCGAUCAACUUGUGUUUAUCUAAAUCUAUGGACCACAUUUGCUUCAAUUUUAACAGCCAAUCGAUACCUGUAUCCGAGCACACGCUGAAAUUACUUGCUUCGUUUGCUGAACGUGUUGGCGUCCGCUAUUUCCUUGAUCUACCCGUGCUAUUCACUCUGCAGCUGAUGCUCACCUGUAACGUAAGCUGGAAUAUCUUGGUUUCUGCUCUUAUUGACCGCAUGACGCCCGCACACACGAGAUUUCUUCUUCGAUGUCCAGGCUUUGCCGAAAGACUUCAGAAUGCUGACCCGAUGUGGAUAAAAUUGGCCCAAAAGAUG